AUGGCCCAUCAGGAGGUCUUUCAAGUACAGCUUUUCGGGUGGGAGAAUGACCCAGAGGAAGAGCGCUUUAAAGUGUCUACAUUGGAUUAUUUAACAGCUUCUGUUGAUGUCUUGAAGGCUGGCCUUGAACGGACUCUAAGUCAAGUACGCCAUCUCUGUGGGACAAUUGAGAAGGACUCUACAGGUGGACAUUCUUUUGUCAAGAAGAAGAACAGCGUCGUCAAAUUCUGCGUUCAAUGGCUGGACUCUCCAGAUACCGGCAAGGAUUGCCCAUCAUUUGAUGAGAUACAGGAGGGCAAUUUCCGUACCUCAAUAUUGGGCGAUCUUCAGCGAUGGAGCGUGCCUCCUAUGACAUAUGGAGAGAAGCCAGAAGCACACCCAGAUAAUAGUCCAGCGGUGGCAGCCCAUAAAGCCAACUUCGUCCGUGGUGGAUUAGUUUUCAUUAUGCACCAUCACCACUAUUCCAACGACGUCAUGGGAUGCGUUGGGCUUACCCACCAGCUAGCCGAGAAUUGUUAUGCAAUUUUCCACCAGACAGAGUUUCCCUCGUGGGAUGCUGGCUGCCUGGAUCUGUCUCGUCUGACCAAGGCUGAAGUGCCCGAGGAAUUGAAAGUUGAUGGCCCACCGCCGCCUGAGAUUCACCCGGAUCAUAUCCCAGCCCAGAGUUUGCUCUUCCACUUGCCCAGGAACAAAGCAGCAGAGCUCGAGAAUCUCGCUUUCCCGACAGAUGGUACAUGGAUCUCCACCUACGAUGCCUUUUCUGCAUUCACCUGGCGUACGGUUACGCGACUACGGGCACCAAUAUUCAAGCCCGAUCUGUCCGCGCCUCUAUUCUGGGGAGAGGCUAUUGACAUGCGGCGGCGGUUCCACGGCCCCAAAGUCCCCCCACGCAUCCAACAAAACGUUGUGGCCGCAGCAAUGUCGCCCACGGCACCUUUCACUGCCCCGAGCGCAGCAGAGGUCAUCUCCGAGUGGCCGCUGCCAAAGUUAGCCUAUUAUAUCCGCCAGUUGACCGACAGUGUUACGCAAGAAUCUUUGGACCUGGCACUGGAAACGGUAGCCACGGCACGUGAGAGAACAGCGCUGAACACCCGAAUCGAUUCACAGCCACCGAUGUCGGUGCUCCAAACGGAUCAUCGCGACGCCAAUGUUUCAAGUGCCGACUUUGGUUUUGGCUCCCCAGUUACAUACCGUCAUUUGAUGGACUGUGUUACCCAAGGCGUUUUCAUCAUUUACCCGCCGCGCGACCUGUCUCCUGAAUCGAAUGACGGGCCUGAGUUCUCUCUUGCGUAUGAGAAGAGCUUGAAGCAGGCACUCAUUGAGGACCCGGAGUGGAAUCGGUACUUUGAAUAUAGGGGUGUGGAUGCCGUGGAUGCUCGCUACGAGGGUACCUCUUCCGUGUAA